AUGUACACAUUAGUCACAUAAAUGGCAAUUAAAACAGCAAUACUUUUCUUAAUUUUGUGUCAGCAUUCGAAGUGAACAUGAAGGUUAUAAUAGCAUUGUGUUCAAUGGUCGUGUUAGGGCUAGAGGUAGCGAGCCAAAGUGGGCCGUGCGGCUGCAAACCGGUGUUCGAAUAUUGCGCCAACGACUACACCACGUACCACAGCAUCUGCGAGUACAAGUGCAAACAUCCCUCCACCCCGUUCUAUGACUGGUAUAUUCUGUACAACGGGCCUUGCAUUUCUACGUCGGAGACUACAACCCAUGCGAGUACUACGACUACGCGCAAGCGUUUUAGGACUACAACGUCUACAACUGGGCCAUUUGAAGAGAACACUGCGGGUGAUAAUUUGAAUGGAUAUCACGGGGCAACUGCGAGUAAUACUAUUAAUGGAUAG